AUGGCAUCGUCCAUCCAACACGACAUCCCCGACGACGAACUAUGCAACAUCUACAGGUUCGCGGUCCAACUAGGCAAAGACGCCGGUAAGAUGCUCCUGGACAGUCUCCACGCGCGACGACGAGACGAACCCGGUCUCCGCGGCGAUGACACGCAGGAGGAAGUGAUGACGAUGAUGCACGAAAAACUCAACGCCGUCGACAUCGUCACGCAGACGGACCUCCAAGUCGAGGAGUUCAUCCACGGCGCCAUCUCCACACACUACCCAACCCACGACUUCAUCGGAGAGGAGACGUACUCCCGGGCCGCCUCGACAAAGGAGUACCGCGUGCGCGACAAGCCCACGUGGAUCGUCGAUCCGCUGGACGGGACCGUGAACUUCACGCACGGCUUCGUCAUGUUCUGCGUGAGCAUCGCGCUGGUGGUCAACCAGAGGCCCGUUAUCGGCGUCAUCUACGCGCCCCUGUUGGGCCAGCUGUUCUCGGCGUGCCGGGGCCAGGGCGCCUGGUUGAACGAGUCGACGCGCUUACCUCUGCUGGGAAGCGUCGGCGUGGGACCCAUACCCAGGGAGGCGCCCUCCAAGUGUAUCUUCUCGUGUGAGUGGGGCAAGGACAGGCGGGACACGCCCGACGGGAACAUGUCUCGCAAGGUGGAAAGUUUCGUCAACAUGGCGAGCGAGAGAGGGGGCCGUGGCGGCAAGGGGGCAAUGGUGCAUGGGGUACGGAGUCUGGGGAGCGCGACGAUGGAUCUUGCCUACGUGGCGAUGGGGAGCCUGGAUAUCUGGUGGGAGGGUGGGUGUUGGGAGUGGGAUGUCGCCGCGGGGAUUUGUCUCGUCAAUGAGGCCGGUGGGUUGGUCACGACGGCGAAUCCGCCCGAAGGUUGGGAGACGGCGACGAUCGAGGACGCGAAAUUGGGCGGCAGACUGUAUCUUGCUGUUCGACCCGCGAGCGAUGGUCCGGACGGGGAGACGGCGAGGCAGGGGCAGGAGAGAUGCGUUCGAGAAGUGUGGCGGAGGGUGAGGACGCUGGAUUACGAUCGGCCUGGAGGUUGA